AUGGCUGACGGCCAACCCUCAAAGUCUGUCGAGAUACCACCAAUUGUGCAAGAGCUGGUAACCGACGUGCAGGAGCCACCAAGCCGGUACGUUGUUCCCGAGCAAGACCGCCCCGAUGUGGCUGGUUCUGAGAUGCCUGAGCCCAUCGCCAUUGUUGAUCUCAGCCGUCUAUCUUCCACUGACAACAGCGACGAUGAGAAUGUCAAGCUGAGGUCUGCCUUGGAGAACUGGGGCCUCUUCCUAGCUGUUGGACAUGGGAUGGAGCCAAGCUUUCUUGGUGAGGUGAUGAAAGUGACAAGAGAAUUUUACAAACUCCCACUGGAAGAGAAACAGAAGUACUCAAACUUUGUGGAUGGCAAGGAGUUCAGAAUGGAAGGAUAUGGGAGCGACAUGGUCAUAUCAGAGAAGCAGAUCUUGGACUGGUGCGACCGGUUCAAUCUCGUAGUGGAACCUGAGUCUCGGAGAAACUAUACUCUAUGGCCAACACAACCUCCUUCUUUCAGAGAUAUUCUGAGCGAGUACACAGUCAGAUGCAGGGAGAUCACCAACCUUGUCCUCAAGAACCUGGCCAAGCUGCUCAGUUUAGACAAGGACUAUUUCAUCAACAUGCUCGAUGAGAAUGCCAUUACACACGCCAGGUUUAACUACUACCCUCACUGUCCCAAGCCGGACCAAGUCUUUGGCCUGAAGCCCCACUCAGAUGCCACAGUGAUCACAAUUGUCUUCAUCGAUGAUAGCGUGAGUGGGCUUCAACUGCAGAAAAAUAAUGUCUGGUAUGAUGUGCCAAUCAUUCCGAACGCACUACUUGUGAACAUGGGAGAUGUAAUGGAGAUAAUGAGCAAUGGGUUCUUCAAGAGUCCGGUUCACAGGGUUGUCACCAAUGCUGAGAAAGAGCGUCUGUCAUUGGUGAUGUUCUAUGCGAUGGACCCGGAAAGGGAGAUUGAGCCAGUGCAAGAGCUGGUGGACGAGAAGAAUCCGAGGCGGUACAGGAAGAUCAAAACCAAAGACUACAUAGCAGAGAUAUUCAAAACUUUUGCAAGAGGGGCACUAGCCAUUGACACAGUGAAGAUCUGA